AUGGCCGAGACUCAACACUUGCAAGCCCACAAGCUCUUCAGCAUGGAGGGCAAGGUUGCUGUUGUCACUGGAGGUGGCUCUGGUAUUGGUUUGAUGACCGCUCAGGCUCUUUCCGCCAACGGCGCGAAGGUCUACAUUAUUGGCAGAAACACCGAGAAGCUCGAGACUGCCAGUAAGGAGCACGAGCCUGACCAAGGAGAGAUCAUUCCUAUCGGAAACAUUGAUGUCACCAAGAAGGCCGAUCUUGAGAAGCUGGUCAAGCAGAUUGAGGAGAAUGAGAAGUGCAUCCAUCUGCUCGUCGCCAACGCGGGUGUCAGUGGACCCAAGGCUGAACCUGAUCAGGAAGAUGCUGGAGAGCUCAAGGACAAGCUGUGGCAGAACGAGACGGUCGAGCAGUGGAACGAGACCUACUCUACCGAUGUGACUUCAGUCUACUUUACCACUGUCGCCUUCCUGCCCUUGCUGCAGGCCUCUAUGAAGCCCAAGGGUUCCGGAGAGAAGUUCAGCGCAAACGUCAUCACCACUUCGUCCAUGAGCGGUAUCAUGCGUCACGCCCAGGGUCACUUUGCUUACAACGCAGCCAAGGGUGCAACUGUGCAUCUGACCAAGCUGAUGUCUGCCGAAUUCUUGAAAGCCGGCAUCAGAGUCAACUCAGUCGCACCGGGUUACUUCCCUAGCGAGAUGACGGCAAAGAGCUCCGAUGAUAGACAGAAGAGUGACCUGCCUGCCGAGAAGGUGGCCGACAAGGGUCACGUUCCUCAUAUGCGCGGUGGAAAGGACGAAGAAAUGGCCAGGACUAUGCUCCUGUUGGCAACAAACCAUUACGUCCAUGGCCAGAUCAUCGCCGUGGACGGCGGCGUCUUGUCCACGGUGGCUUCUUAA